CUUGAUUCUGCUGCACAUUUGUAAAGCUGAUGAGCAUUCUACCGUUGCACUGACGCCUACCUCACGCCUCACCUCUCCUUCUCUUCCAUCUCGCCCUUUGCCUUCGAUUUGUCCAUACUUUCGACACCCAGAUGCGCUCCCCUUCAUUUUGAUAGCUGCCCCUGUACUCGGGUCGCUGCAGAUGAGGCGCGUCAAUCAUGUCAUCCUUCUUCGGGAAACUAAAGAGCCAGAAUGCUCCCAGUCCAGCGGUAGGCACCACCCCGAUCAAAAGGGAUCCAAAUGCGCCCAUCCCGACCCCUCUAGAGCGCAUGCUCAAGCAUGCUGGUCCGCUUCGUAGUGAUGGAAGUGAUAAAUUCUUUGGCAUGGAAAAUUUUGGAAAUACCUGUUAUUGCAAUUCCAUCCUACAAUGUUUAUAUUAUUCUGUCCCUUUCCGAGAAAAUGUUCUCUCAUACCCCCGUCACUCGACCCCUGAGUCUAUCGCCGAAGCACAGGCGAAUGCGCCACCCCGAGUAACGCCCACCCAAGCCAAUGGAGCAGCGAAGAAGCCGCAGGGGCCGAGCUCUUCACGAAAUGCGGGUGCUCCGCCCCAGCAGCAAAAGCCCGAGGACAAGGACUCGCCUGAAUACAAGAAGAAACAAGCCCUCGCGGCAGGUCCUAUCCUUAACAUGAGCUACGGAAACGCACAGAGUUACGACAUGCCCGAGACGCUUUUCACCACCCUCAAGGACCUGUUUGAAGCCGUGGUCGUGGACAGAAACCGCAUGGGUGUGAUCAGUCCUACAAAGUUUUUGAACACAUUGCGCAAAGAAAACGAAAUGUUCAGAUCGGCCAUGCAUCAAGAUGCCCACGAGUUUCUCAAUCUUCUUCUUAAUACGGUGGUGGAAAAUAUUGAAGAACACGAUAGGACCCUGAAUGCACAGAAGAUGAUCGAGCAGGCUCAACGACCCGUGGAGGAAUCCGAAGCCAUGACCAAGACCGAAUCCGCAACAGUUUCUUUCCCUUCUGUAUUACCAACCCCGUCCGCACACUCAAACACACGCUGGCUGCAUGAGUUAUUUGAAGGCACUUUAACAUCCGAGACCCGGUGCCUAACUUGUGAAAAUGUUUCACACCGUGACGAGCCUUUUCUCGAUCUGUCGGUGGAUCUGGAACAGCAUUCAUCAGUUACCGCUUGUCUUCGCAGAUUUUCCGAAGAAGAGAUGCUUUGUGAGCGAAACAAGUUCCAUUGUGAUAAUUGCGGUGGCCUACAAGAGGCCGAGAAGCGCAUGAAGAUCAAGAGAUUACCAAGGAUAUUGGCUCUGCACCUGAAAAGAUUCAAGUAUACAGAAGACCUCCAGCGAUUACAGAAGCUAUUCCACAAAGUUGUUUACCCAUACCACCUCCGACUCUUCAACACCACCGAUGACGCCGAGGACCCGGACCGAAUAUAUGAGUUAUACGCUGUCGUUGUCCACAUUGGUGGAGGACCAUAUCACGGCCAUUACGUCGCAGUUAUCAAGACACAGGAUCGAGGCUGGUUAUUGUUUGAUGACGAGAUGGUGGAACCGGUCGACAAGAAUUUUGUUCGCAACUUCUUCGGGGACAAGCCUGGACUUGCCUGCGCUUAUGUUCUGUUCUACCAAGAAACAACCAUCGAAGCGAUUCGAAAGGAACAGCAGAUGGAAGGCAAGCGACGUGCUUCACAGGAUCUCCCCAAUGGUCUGGCCACAGACGCCAGACACUCAGCCGAACUGCAUCGGGUCCAGACGGUCAGUCCCAUGAUGUCACCGGGGAGUGUAGGAAACGAUAGUAAUCACCACUACGCGACUCUGGACCACGCCAUGACUGCACCAGAAUUCAUGACGAACGGUCAUGUCGAGCCACCAAAAUCUCCCACCUUGACUUCGGAUAGGCCAGUCAGUCCAAUCCUACAAAGCAAGAAGGAAAGGGCCAAAGAAGAAAAGAUACGCAAGGCGGCGGAAAAGCAGGCUGAGAAGGAGAGACAAGAGGCAGAAAAACAACGUCGGAAAGACUUGGCUACAAAGUUGUCAGAAGCACACAAGAAGCAGGAGGCCGAAUUAAAAGCUGCCUUGGAAGCCAGCAAAGCGAGCAAAGCCGAGGAAGACAGGCGGCAUGCUCUUGAACGAACGGUAACAUCCCCUAACGGCAGCAAUCACUCUGGUGGUCUCGAGCGUUUCAAGCGCACCAAGAGUCUACGGUUCGGAUCAUUGACGAAGCGAGAUAAGCCGCAUCCGAAGCCAUCGGAUGAGAAUCUGGCAACAUCAUCGGCAUCAGCGGAGACGGACGCGCCUGAGCCUGAGAAGGACAAGGACAACCACAAGGAUAGCUCACCCAAGGAAAAGAAAAAUCGAUUCAGUAUUCGGAAAAAGUCAUUCGGCAUGUUGUCUUCAUCUUGAUCAUAUCUGGAAGCAAAGGAGCCCAUAUUUUGAACUUUCAUUCAUGUCUAUAAUGGUUAGUGGAAUCGCAAAGGACAAACUUGGAAAGCCACGACAACUCUUCAUUUGGUGGGGCAAAACUUGGAUCCUCGACCCAGUUUGCCUGGCUCCCAUGCAAAUCUGGGCUUUUGCUUGGUUUUGACACAAAGGGGAUGUUUUUGGGUGGUUCCCACAACGAUUUCAGAUGCACAUUUAUGAAAGGACAUACAAAGUGACAUCUGUGGUCAUGGUUAUGAUCACGAUGAUGAGGUGUUUUUGUAUAUCUUGUGUUGUCGAUCUUUUUUGUCAUACAUGAUCCAUGAGUAUAAUGAGAUGAUCUUUUGUGAGGGUUGGGAUUGUCCUUUUUUUUGGUUGUGAGUUUACAAGCAAUUUUUCUGAGAAAAAGAAAGAAAAAGGAGUCUGGAUCUAUCUCUGCCUUGAGGAGCAUGAGGAGCUUGGGCUUUGUAUUGGGGUUGGUCGGGGGAGUAUCUUUUUGCUCUCCAGGGGUUUUGGUUCCUUUUUUCUUCUUUUCUCUUUUUUUUCAAAGAGCACAUAUAUAUCAGAUCAGGGACCCUAGGUAUUUCUUAAAGAAAUAUAUAUGUGGGUAUCAUACCUACCAACAUUCGACGCGAAAAGGGUACGAGAUCAAAAAGAC